AUGAAGGACUCAGCUAUCAAGAAGCCAAAGUUUGCAAGGCAAAAUGACCAGGUUAUGGGCACAAACAAUAGCAGUAUCGCUUCAAAACGCAGCGUUGAAAAGAUUUACUAUCCAGAUGAGCCUCACUUUUUCCGGUACUUUGUCAAAAAGUUCCAGAGACGAGCUCCGUUGAUCAAUCGCGGUUACUAUUUACGUCUGCAUCUCAUCGACUGUGUGGUCAGAGACUUUUUGAGAGAGCCGUUGGCGGCCGACAAGAAGACCAAGGUGGUAGUAAACCUGGGUUGUGGAAGUGAUGUACUCCCCUGGCAAUGUCUCACUCGGUAUUCCAAAGACUGCGACUCGGUUCUGUUUGUUGAUGUCGACUUUCCAGACUUGAUCCUCAGGAAACAACAUGUCGUCUUGGAAACUCCCGAGCUCAGGGACCGUUUUGAGCCCUUGGAGAAAUUCGACACUCCGCCCGUGUUCUUACGCAGCAGUCGAUAUGUCCAAGUUGGCUGUGACCUCCGCAACAUAGGUUCUCUACAGGCAGCCUUGGAAUCCCUGGUAGACAUCACAGCGGCAUCUUUUCUUUUUGUGGCCGAGGUAUCCAUAACAUAUAUGGAAACUGAUGCCGCUGAUGCUGUGAUCCAAUGGGCCAGUAAAUUAGGGGACUCCACCUUCUGUCUCUUGGAACAGAUUCUACCCGAUGGUCCACAUCACCCGUUCGCACAGACUAUGAUCAGUCAUUUCAAGCGGCUCAAUACACCGCUUAAAUCCAUCGACAAGUACCCCACACAACAGAGUCAGUCUGAACGCUUCCAACAGAGAGGCUGGUCAUCUGUUCACUGCUGGACCCUAUGGCAGGCAUGGGCUGAUGACCGCUUUCUGACUGCUGAGGACCGGCGCAAGUUGGAUGAUGUCGAGGCUUUCGACGAGUGGGAAGAGUUUGCGCUCUUUGGGAGUCACUAUGUGUUGCUAAAGGCAUCCACUCGAAAUCUUCCGUCAUCUUCAGAGGCCAAGUCGGUCGACUGCUCGAACUCCUGCCCGCCGCUGCGAUCCCUCGACGUAACCCUGCAUCACAAUGCCAGCCAGAGCACACAAGGUCCUCGUCGUUUCGGGACCGCCAUGGUGAUCUCUGACGUUUUAGGUCAGAGUCAUAUUGCCAACGUUCUCGGAACGGGCACGAAUCUUAGGCUGAGGUCCCUUGACCUGUAUAGCCCUUUGGGCUCAAACGAGGAUGCCGGCUUGUCAAAGUGCAGUGGGCCUGCUGGCCGCUUGUGUCAUGCAUUUACAGAUACCGGGGACAAUGGCUAUCUCCUAUCUGGAGGCCGAGCAUCGCCCACAGCCCCCAUGGACGGAUGCUGGGUCUUUGACAAGGGUGUGAAGGAUUGGCGUCGAACCCAUGAUCUCCCGGUCGGUUUGUACCGUCACACCGCUGUGAGGCUCGGCCACUCCAGUCUUGCUCUGACCUUUGGCGGCAAAACUGGAGCCUCCAAGGUUUUCGACGGCUAUCUUUUAUACCAUCCUCAGAAAGGAUGGGUUAGGUGUAAAGUCAAGGGCGACAUAAUUCCUUGUCCCGUAUUUGGUGCUGUCGCUUUCUGCUCCAAGGGUACCACCAGGAGGUCGCCACUGUUCAGGGGCGUACUGGCUGGAGGCAUAACAGAGGAAGGUGUAAUAACCGACCAGAUUCUUCGCUGGGAAGUAGAAGUUGGGGGUUUCGCAGCACCAUCUAUAUCAUUCACAAGACUGGACUUGGACAGUAGAGAGCGGAACCUGAUCUCCAGGUUUGGUGCUAGCUGCAUCAAGCUGACAGAAGAGUACCACGUUAUUAUUGGCGGCGUCAGGGGUACCAACUUACUCCCACACGACCAUGACGUCCUCAUCUUGCGUGAUGACGGAACUAGCCCAAACUUUUCGAUUUGCAGUCGCGUCAACUUCCCGGUGUACCACAAAGAUUUGAUACCUCGGCACUUGGCAGUCGGUUCAUCGAUAGCGUGUAAUGAUCAGGGCCAGAUCAUCUUGGUUGGGGGAGGGGCUACCUGUUUCUCUAUGGGCACAUUCUGGACAAAGGGGGCGUAUACGUUUCUCAUCAAUAUAGCGCGGCUAUCUAAUCUGGACACUGUCCCCUAUAGCUCAGAAGCUGCUUCCCCGACCCAGGUCAACACGGCGGCCGCACCUACUGAGAACGAAGAAGAUACCAUUUGGGCCAGCUCAGGGGUGGUGCUCAUCUCGGAUUCGGACAUGAGCGUCUUGAAUUCAACGGAGGGGACCCGUAAAGACGCUGCCCAGACUAGCUCAGAGAUUCCUCGAGUUAGGCUUACUGCGAAAGAGGACUUUGAAGAGAUCCUGCGACAGAGGAAGCCAGUGAUAAUAGAAGGUGCUUCACUGGGACCCUGCAUGACUGCAUGGUCCGAUGAGUACCUUGUUGAGGCAGUUGGUGCUGAUAGAGAAGUAUCGGUACAUGAAUCCCCCAGUCAAGUGAUGGACUUCAACUCCAAAAACUUCCGUUAUGUCAACAAGAAGUUUGGCGAAUUCGUGCAAGAGAUAGCGAGCGGUCAGAAGCUUUACCUGCGCGCCCUCUCCAGCGACGAACCAACCGCUAGAGCCGCCAACCUGCAGGAUGAUUUUCCUCGACUUGCCAAAGAUUUCACCUUGCCCUCGGAGCUAACAAUUGUGCGUGAUAAUAUCUUCAGCUCGGUGUUACGCAUGUCCGGGCCGGUCAACAUGUGGCUGCAUUACGAUGUCAUGGCAAACGUGUAUUGCCAAAUCAGAGGGUCCAAGCGGUUUGUUCUCUUUCCGCCAUGCGACAUAACCGAGCUUUCAAUUGCGCCUGGGGGCUCCAGCUCCAGCAUUGAUGUGUUCGCCAGCAUUCCGGCGCGAACACACCCGCACGAGACAACUCUCGCUGCCGGCGAUGUUCUCUUCCUGCCGCCGUUGUGGCUCCACACGGCGACCCCGGCAUCCGACUCCCCCGGAGUGGCAGUCAACGUCUUCUUCCGCGACAUGGACGCUGGGUACAGUCCAGGUCGCGACGUGUACGGCAACAGAGACCUUGCGGCGUACGAGAAGGCGAGGCGGGACGUCGACAAGAUCAUGGCCAGCUUCAAAUCGCUGCCCGGCGAUGCCAGGGAGUUUUACCUAAAGAGGCUGGCCGAAGAGCUACGUCAAGGAUCUAUGGCAGGGGCAUAG